AUAAUCUACCGCGGGUUCAAAAUGAUAACCGAGAAAAGGUGUCAGAGCCAGAGAAAUGGUCGAGUUGAGACUAUUGUUCCGAUAAAACCCAAACCCUAGCUUCAGUUUUUCCGAUCGAACUGUGAAACGAUGAAGAUAGCCAUAGAAGGAUGCAUGCAUGGCGAUCUAGACAAUGUCUACAAAACCCUUCAACACCUCGAAAAAUCCCAGAACACCAAAAUCGAUCUCCUCCUUUGUUGUGGCGAUUUUCAGGCCGUGCGAAACCAGAAUGAUUUGAAAAGCCUAGCCGUACCAGAGCGUUACCGAGCCAUGAAUUCCUUCUGGAAAUACUAUUCUGGUUUGGAGGUUGCUCCUUAUCCCACAAUCUUCAUUGGUGGCAACCACGAAGCUUCCAAUUAUCUAUGGGAACUGUAUUAUGGAGGAUGGGCUGCACCUAACAUAUACUUUUUGGGAGCUGCUGGUGUGGUUAAGUUUGGGAAUGUACGAAUUGGCGGGCUCUCUGGAAUUUAUAAGCAUUUUGAUUAUAAAUCAGGACACUAUGAAAGGCCUCCUUAUGAUCGCAAUACCAUCAAGUCUGCUUAUCAUGUUCGAGAAUAUGAUGUUCGCAAACUCAUGCAAGUUGAGGAACCUAUUGAUAUUUUUCUCUCACAUGAUUGGCCGGUGAGGAUCACUGAUCAUGGGGAUUGGGAGGAGCUUGUGCGAAACAAGCCUUUCUUCAGGGAAGAGAUAGAGGGAAAAAGACUUGGGAGUAAAGCUGCUGCUCAACUUCUAGAAAAAUUGAAACCGCAAUUCUGGUUUUCGGCGCACUUACACUGCAAGUUUGCUGCUCUUGUUCAGCAUGGGGAAGGAGGUCCUGUGACAAAAUUCCUAGCACUUGAUAAAUGUCUUCCUGGGCGUGAUUUCUUACAGGUUGUUGAAAUUGAAUCAGAGGCAGGACCUUAUGAGAUUCAGUAUGAUGAAGAAUGGUUAGCAAUAACACGAAUGUUCAACAAUGCAUUCCCUUUGACGCGCAAAGGUGCAGAUUUUCGAGGUGUAAAUCUUGAGAUGGAAGAUUGUCGCAAAUGGGUUAGAAGCAAGCUACAAGAGAGGGAUUGUAAACCUUCCGAGUUUGUUAGAACAGUUCCAUGUUAUGAUCCUUCUCAAGCCGGUGUUGAGGGUGCUUCUGCAGUCAAUCCCCGGAAUCCUCAGACAGAAUAUCUUUUGCGACUUCUGGAACUUCCAUAUCUUCUUGAUAGAAAUCCUGAAGCAAAGGACAUGUCACCUUAUCCUUCUUUAAUUCCAAGCGGCCCUGGUGGUAAUUAUAGCGAGGACAUUCCCAUUGAUGACGUGGAUGAUGACGAUGAUGAGGUGGAAAGUGAGACUGCUGGUUACACAACAUUGACUCCGGCUGUACACACAGGAUUGUGGGUUUUCCCUUCUCCAAUUUGCAGUUCUGUUGCAUUUUCAAAUAACGACAAUUUCAUUGCUACAACCAUGGUACCACCUAUAUUUCCUCCGUUUGGUUCUAUGGAGACAACAAAAUCAAUGUUUCUUUCCUUACUAGUUUCUUUUAUUUUUAUCUCUUGUUGUUAUGUUUCAUCUGUUAAGGCUGCUCUCUCUUUCGACUUUUAUGCCGCUUCGUGUCCGAAUGCUGAAUUGAUGAUAAGAAAUACAGUUAGUAGAGCUUCUUCUAAUGAUCCUUCCGUUCCGGGAAAGCUCCUUCGCUUGGUUUUCCAUGAUUGUUUCGUUGAGGGAUGUGAUGCAUCUUUGAUGCUACAAGGGAACAAUACAGAACAAAGCGAUCCAGCAAACAGGUCUGUGGGAGGAUUUUCUGUUAUAGAAUCAGCGAAAAGACUUCUUGAGAUCUUCUGCCCCGGAACCGUUUCUUGUGCAGACAUAGUUGCUUUAGCAGCCAGAGAUGCUGUCGAAAUUGCCGGUGGACCAAGGAUUCAGAUUCCUACUGGUAGAAGAGAUGGAAUGGUUUCAAUUGCUUCAAAUGUUAGACCAAACAUUAUUGACACAAGUUUUACUAUGGAUGAGAUGGUUAAACUCUUCUCGAAUAAAGGAUUGUCCUUACUCGAUCUUGUCAUUCUUUCAGGAGCUCAUACAAUAGGAUCAGCUCAUUGCAACACAUUCAGGUCGCGGUUCCAACAAGACUCGAACGGAACUCUUAAGCUCGUAGACCAAACCAUUGAUACUAAUUAUGCAGACGAGCUAAUGAGACAGUGUCCGGUAACUGCACAACCAUCUGUGACAGUGAACAAUGAUCCUGAAACAUCUAUGCUAUUUGACAACCAGUACUACAGAAAUCUUUUAGCUCAUAAAGUUCUGUUCCCGUCUGAUUCGGUUUUGUUGAGCAACAUUAACACGAAGAAAAUGGUGGAGGAUUUUGCAAAUGAUCAACAACUUUUCUAUGUCAAUUGGGGCGCUGCGUUCGUGAAGCUGACUAGUGUUGGCGUUAAGACUGACGAGGAGGGCGAAAUUCGUCGUUCUUGUACAGCAACUAAUGUAUAAGUGUGCAUAACAAAGGUUAUGAAAAAAUAUCCUUUGCAGUUUGUACAUCAUUUUGUUUGUCUUGUUUCUUUCUCAAUUCUUUGUUGUCCUCUCUUCUAUUCAUUGUGGCAUAAUUUGAGCAAUAUGCAUUCUUAAAACUUGAUAAUGAUUCAUGUUUUCUCUUAACAAAGAUAAUGAUGACUCAUGAAUUUACUAA